ACGAUGCAGUAAGCCUUCCUGGCCAUUGGAGGGCGUUGGUGCCUCUUAACGGAAGACAAGUGCUACGAAAUGGCGUGUAGAAGAAGACGUGGACUACACGACAAGAGGGGAAAAAUGACAGGGCGCGCAAAAAGAAAACCUAAAUCUGCUCAGGAGUCCGGCAAUGGGGCUCAGAAGAAGGCUCGCAAUAAUGACUCCAACGCUAUUCAUGUGUCAGAUGUGAACUCCAAACAACGUGAUGAGAUAGUGCAUCUGUACAAGCUUGAAAUGCCAGAAGAUCUCUACCACUUCUGGGAUUUCUGUAAGGAACUCUGUCCUGACAACCCCCGUGAUGCACUGUCAGAAACAUUGGGUUUGCACCUGGUUGGUCCUUUUGAUGUUCUGGCUGGGGCCCACAAAAAGUCAACCAACCCUCAGCCCAACUUCCAUCUCCACUGGAGAUUUUUCUAUGACCCGCCAGAGUUUCAGACUGUGCUACGUGGAAGUGAGGACAGCCAGCAUCACAUUGGUUAUUACAGAGACACUCCAGACUCCCUCCCUUCAUUUGUGGGGGAAAAUGAAGCCAAGAAAAACUGCACAAUAUCACAGAUGGGAAACAACUUGUUUGCUGCCGUCCUCUUAUUUCUGCAAAAGAAGAAGAAAGAAAAAGUGGGCGAUAGAGCUGCAGUUGAAAGCCUGGAGGUAAAGCUGAAGAAAAGAGCGGAGACUCUGGACCUGUGUCUGGAGCAGAAGACCAAAGACAUGAAGCAGAGAGAUAAAAAGGUUGUUACUAAGACGUUUCAUUGUGCUGGCAUCGUUGUGCCUGUGGACAAGAAUGAUGUGGGAUACAGAGAACUGCCCGAAACAGAUGCGGAUCUUAAAAAGUUUUGCAAGGCAAUUGUCGAAGCUCGUAACGACGAAGAGCGUAUGAAGGCCUUCACACCUAUACAGGAGAUUAUCACGUUGGUUCAGUUUGCCAAUGAUGAGUGUGACUAUGGAAUGGCUUACGAGUUUGGAAUAGACCUCUUCUGCUACGGGUCCCAUUAUUUUCACAAGGUCAUCAAACAAGUUCUACCUAUGGCCUACAACUUGCUGAAAAGAAAUUUAUUUGGGGAAAUUUUGGAGGCCCACCUCUCCAGUCGAAGCCAUGACAACUUGGACCAACUCUCUGCACAGUAGACAGGAUGAAGAAGUUACGUUCCCAUCCUUACUGAGAACAUUAUUACAGUUUCCUGACUCUGAAUUUUGAUUCCAUUUCAUUUUUAUAAGCUCUUCCCACCAUGUGGUGUUGUCCUGUGCGUCAUUUUAAGUGUGUCUUACUGGAUUUUGGUGCUGCUCUCUCCUGCUUAAAUCCAGUUCCAUAAUUUUUGUCUGUAAAACGUAGAUGUUUAAUAAAGUAUUUUUUAUAUUUUUAUCUUUCUGU